AUGUCGUCAGGCGCCGAUGAAGCCCCACAUCUUCAAUUCUCACCUCGCAUGUUCGCCGUUGGUGAUGAACCACUGGGAAUUAGGGUUACUCCAUAUCAUAAACCAUCUGCCAUCACCAAAAUUCUAAACGCUCUAACUGAAGAUGAAAUCGAAGCUAUCCGGAAGACCGCUUUUGGGAAACUGGUGGAAAUUUCCGAUAAACCGUCAUUCUAUGGCCGAUUUGGGAGGUUUCUUAUAUCAAGACAGUUGAAGAUCGUGAAGAAACACGAAGCCUGGUUUCUUUUUGCCGGUAAACCAGUUAGGUUCUCCAUCAGAGAAUUCGCGAUGGUGACCGGCUUCAACUGCCGGAAGUAUCCUACUCAUUCAAAGAAAAGGAGCACGAAGAUUCCAGUAAGCUAUGUUGUUACCAUGCUAAGGAGGAAAACAGCUACGGAUCCAGAAAUUAGGUUUAAGUACGCCCUGCUUGCUUUGCUCUCAGCCGUUAUAGUGCCAACGUCUCACAAUCCGCAAAUUGCUCACCAGCAUGCCGAGAAGAUUAAAUAUGUUGAUCAGUUCCUUGCGUUCCCGUGGGGGCGGGCUUCCUUUGACAUGCUUAUGAGCAGCAUAAAAGAGAGAGAUGAAGUAUCACUAUCACAGAACACCAUUGCCCUCAAAGGGUUUGUGCUAUCAUUACAGCUUGUAAUGAUUGAAGCUGUUCCUUCACUUACUGGAGUUGUUGAAGAUGGUGGUUCUUCUGCCUCCGACGGCGAUGAAUCUGAUGAUGAAGAUGGAAAGGGAAAGAAAAGUAUCAAUACUGGGCAUGCAAGUGAUAUUGAUACUGUCGCGAAGGCUCACAUUGUUUCUAUUAUCACUGCGGGAGUUGAAGAAUUUCAUCUCAAUCCCGAACUCGGAUCUUCCGAUGACGAUGAAGAUGUGCUUGUAGCCAAUUUGGUCAAGUGUUUGGAAGAUGGAUUUGCGUUUGCUAAUUCCCAUUUUACCGGUGGAGCUACCAAAGCUAACGUGAACCGAAUGCGUGAAGACGGUAAAACAGGAAAAAACCGGUCACGAAAGAACACCAAAGUGAACCUGAAAGAGCCUGUCACGGACGCCGUCAACGCUGAUUAUGUUGCAGACAUUGUAAGAAAGAGUGUCUCAGCAGAACUGUGCAAGAUGGGGGAACAAAUCAAGAAUCUCAGUGACAAUGGUAUAACGGCCGAAAAAGGGGUAGUCGAAGAAACUAAUGAUGAUGAUGCGGACGUCAAUCUCGAAUCCGAACAGAAUGCCGAUGUCCUUUCAGACAUAGACGCUCCUGCUGUGGAGACCAAUCCUCAUCUACAAGACAGUGCCGAUGGCCGUUCAGACAUAGACGAUCCUGCUGUGAAGAACAAUCCUCAUCUACAAGACAGUGCUGAUGUCCUUCCAGACACAAACGCUCCUGCUGUGGAGACCAAUCCUCAUCUACAAGACAGUCUAAGUAAUUUGUGUCAAUUUUUUAAUGAAAAUCACCCAAAAUCAAAAGAACCUACCGAUGUUGGUCAUAGUCGAGUCCCACUCGUGGCUGAAAACGAUCCCAUAUCGAAGGACAGUGGAGACACUAGUCUUGCAUUUCCUAGGCCAACAUUUUCCCUUGGCCUGACGCAGGAAGAUCCUCAACUAUCCAAAACUAGUGCACCUGACAGCGAGGACUAUGGUGAUGAACAUAUGACAGUCGAUCCACCACCCACUUCCAAUGAGAACGAUGCUCCAGCGCCGCUUUACAGGAAAAGCAAGCGUCCACGAGUUGUUCCUCGGUCACUAGUUUGUGAUUACCAGUGUGAUAAACGUAUACUGGUGCGUGCAUGGGAAGCGCAUGUAUUCGCCACUAGAAGGGUCCCCAACAUUGACUACGCUGUGAAAUUCGCUAAACUUUCAUCGAAGCUAGAGUCCCCAAUGUAA